AUGGCAUCCGUAUCAAAUUCACUGACCAAUCCGGGGUUGUACAGUUUUGCCAAUUCGAGCUACCGCCCUCCAACUUCUGCAGAAACACCUAUCUCCGACGCCUUUUCCAGUCCCGUUUUCGAAACCCCCAAACCCGGGCAAGGUUCAGUCACCGACGCCGGGGGUUGGACUCCGCAUUUUGCUGAAGAAUAUUCCGUGUUCAACUCGACUCCUGGAAACCUCCGUGGAUCUCAAAAUUCUUUCGUUGACUUUCGUGCCGACACGCCUUCUAGCAAGCACAAGAGGCUACUAUCCACCGACACUUUUGCUGCUGAAAUUGCAACUCAUGUGAAUCACUUCUCCAACCGAAAUCUACCACUGCCGCCGGUCGAGCCCUCACGUCGCUUGGCCUCGUCCCCGAACUCAGUAACCGUACCCCAAGAAUAUAUAACCGAUACAACGCCCCUGCCCAGUCCUGAUCCGGCCAAGCACCCUCAAUCCUCCAAGAAGGCUAGGAAAGCCGGAGUUCAGGGUGAAGAGCCUUCGCAGACAGCGACACCCCCGCCCACUGGACGUAGGGGAGCGCGGAAGCUCGCCGACAAGCUCAAUAUGCAAAAUGAUCAGUACUUCGGCCAGCCCGACUUUACUGGCAACUCUCAACAACAACAGCAACAUGAUAUUGCUGCCUUGAUGGCUUCCUCUGGUGACAUGUUUGCAUAUCCCAUGACAGCACCUGCUGCCACACCCAACACUUUCUGGGAUCCUUCAAUGGGUAUGGACUUUGACUUUAGUGCAUCGCCUUCCAAUGUCUUUCAGACAACGCCUGUUCAGCAUGGUCAUCACCGCCACACAGGUUCCUUUGACUGGAACAGCGAGGUGCCACUCUUUCAAGACCCUAAUGCACCUUUCGCUUCAGCAGGUUCAGAUCCAAUGCAAACAAUGCAACGUGACCGUCCUCUUGCCCCGAAGCCUAUGAGCUCGGCAUCUGCUACAACUGCAGCAAGCGCUGCCAUGUCUGCUGCCCUUUCCGCUCCUCUAGAUGACCCUUUUGGACUUGGACAGUCCAUGAAUGGAGUAAACCCCGGAUUGCUGUUUGAACCUCCACACAAUUCUGUUUUGGAUAACCCUGCUCUCAUCCCAGUGACACAGGCUGGCUCCGCUGAAGCCACGAUUUUCCAAUCGAGGUCAAGAACACCUCUAGGUGAAAACAUCCGGCAAUCAACGAGCAUGAAGGACUUGAGGGCUACUAAGGUACCGGAUCGUGCACUUGCACCAUCCCCCGUCAAGGCAAACCCUCGACCUGGAAUGGGUAGGAGUUUUAGCGAGAACCGUGGCAAAAGAGCCCAGCCGCAGAACCGACCUGUGCUACCCAAACUUGCACCGGCCCGGCCAGUCUCACAAGCCAGCAACGGGUCCAAUAGCGACAGUGCACCCCCCAACCGGCCUAUAGCCAAACCAACUGGAAGACUGUCUCCAAUGAAGAGCCAGCACCGUCUUUCAGGCUUGGCCUCUAUCCCUGAAGGGCCAGCACUUCAACACCAACCCACUCGAACAGCUGUGAAAUUCACCAUCGACUCGAGGGGCAGAGCCCGCGCAGAGACAACGAUCGUACCUAAUGAGUGGGACUGGGAGCCCAGUGCUAAUCAUCCGGGACUCAUUCGAGAUAGGAGUCGAACACCGCGAGAGUUGGGUCCUUCUGACGAUGACGAAUCAUCCUCUGACGACGAGCCCAUAAUUAUUCCUAGCAGGAACAACUCGUUCAAUGCGUCCUUUGCGUUACCUGAUCCCCUGAGACCAGUUGGGUCCAUCUUUCACUCUUCACGACGUAGUGUUAGCGACAGAAGCACGAGUAGUAUACAUGAUACUAUAGGAGGAUCGCAACAUGAUGCAGACAGCGAGAAUGAGACGAUGAUGUAUGAGCGCAAGGACAAGAUCGGAGAUGCUGCCAGCGAGCUUCGUAAGGUCAUGGAAGAUCGAAGAAAGCGAUCAAAUCCAAUGGGACAAGGAGGACAACACCGUUCGUUCCAAGGCGGCCACUUUGGUCCUUUUCGAGGUGAUAGCAACUCGCCGUCGACCCUUACCGAGUCAAGCCUUAUAACAGACAGACACGUUAGAUGUCUCUGUAGCCGAAAGGGGGCUGACGAGGGGGACGGCUUCAUGAUCCAGUGCGAGUCCUGUGAAAUGUGGCUCCACGGAAAGUGUAUCAAUCUCAACCUCAGGACUCGACCAAGAUCAAUCAGGUUCUCAAGACUCUUGAGGAGAACAAGCCCAGCGUUGGCAAGUUCAACCUCCAGAACCAUCUCAUGGGUGGUAGCUGACAUUCUCUCUCAGUGCUCCAUCGAUGCCAACGGUACCCCUCUCACCGACGAGACCCUCGCCGCCGCAAAGGGCGCCGACGCCGUCCUCCUCGGCUCAAUCGGCGGCCCCGAAUGGGGCACCGGCGCUGUCCGACCCGAGCAAGGCCUUCUGAAGCUUCGCAAGGAGAUGGGCACAUACGGCAACCUGCGACCUUGUUUCUUCGCUUCCGACUCUCUGGUCGACGCCUCUCCCCUCAAGGCCUCCGUAUGCCGCGGCACAGACUUUGUCAUUGUCCGUGAACUCACAGGUGGUAUUUACUUUGGCGAGCGCAAGGAGGACGAUGGUUCCGGCUCAGCAUGGGACACUGAACCUUACUCCCGUGCUGAGGUUGAGCGUGUUGCCCGUCUGGCUGGAUUCCUUGCCCGUGGUCGCGGUGAUAAGAAGGUGUGGUCUCUUGACAAGGCUAAUGUGCUUGCGACAAGUCGCCUGUGGCGAAAGAACCCUACUGGCCUUAACGGUGUCGUUGUGACGAGCAACCUGUUUGGUGAUAUCAUCAGUGAUGAGGCUAGUGUUAUCCCUGGUAGCAUUGGCCUUCUGCCCAGUGCUAGCCUGAGCGGUAUUCCUGAUGGAAAGGGCAAAUGUAACGGUAUCUACGAGCCCAUCCACGGUUCCGCCCCUGAUAUCUCUGGCAAGGGUAUUGUUAACCCCAUCGGUACGAUCCUGUCCGUUGCCAUGCUCCUCCGAUACUCUCUCAACCUGCCUGAGGAGGCCAAGGCUGUCGAGGAGGCUGUCCGUGUGGCUCUGGAUGGUGGUCUGCGCACGAAGGACCUGGGUGGUAACGCUACCACAAAGGAGGUUGGUGAUGCUGUUGUUGAGGAGCUGAAGAAGAUUCUCAAGGCUUAA